CGCUCUACCAACCGAGCUUACAUUAAUAAUAAUUCCAUACCCUCCACCCACUGCGUGAUUUCAUGUAUACAUCAAACCCCAGGACACUUACCUUUGGAAUGUUGUACAACUAUUAACGAUAAAAUGAAAAGAAGCAAUGUAGAGUUUCUCAACAACUACUAGGACACUAUUGUGCUAUACAAAGUUAUACUGUCACCGUUAAAACACCAAAACAACAACAACAACAAAAAUGUUCAAAGUAGCUGGCAAAGCGGGGAUUAUAAGAUCUCAACAGAAGGAUGAAUAUUACCUGACAUACUUGAGAAAAAUGUCAGCUGAUGUUGUCCAUAGCUUGCUCGGUGCAAGGGCCUGGAUUACUUGGCGCAGAGAGCUGGACCUGGCAGCUGACCUGGGGUACUUCUGUCUCACAACCCUCUCAGGUUUCCAGACCAUUGGUGAGGAGUAUGUGAACAUUAUCCAGGUAGACUCUUUCAGAAGACAUGUACCCUCUGUACUGCAUCGCCUCACUAUGGUACUCUUCCACGUGUUGAUACCGUACACCAUACGCAAGGGUCUAGACUGGCUGGAGAGGAGGCUACAGUCACAUGGUCUUCAGGAGGUCCCCAUAGCAACCAGGGAGUUUCUCCUGAAGUGCAUUCCCAUUGCUAGGGACCUGGUCCUUUACACACACACAGACUGCACAUGGCUGUGUUCUACAUGCAAGGAAUCUUCUAUCAACUUGCAAAGCGAUUCAAAGGAGUGCAAUAUUUGCAGUACACAGGUGGUUUACAGAAGGCAUCUGAUGAUUCAGUGAGCAUGAGUUUUCGAGCCCUAGGCUGGCUGACCCUGGCCCAGCUUGCGGGGUCUGCAGUGCUGGGAACCAGGGCAUACUUGCAGCAGACAUACAGAAAGGGUACUGGCCUUCUAGGAGGAAGUGAUACCCAUUCAGAGAUCGGAGGUCAUGUGUCGCCAGACAGGAAGUGUGCCCUGUGUUUAGGUGAGAGGUCACGUAGCUCUGUGACCCCCUGCGGCCACCUCUUCUGCUGGGGCUGCAUACACGACUGGUGCGCGACCAAGGCUGAGUGCCCUCUGUGUAGGGAGCAUGUUGAGCCACACCGUGUCGUCUGCCUACAGAACUUUGAUGCCUCCUGAUGAUAGUUGGGCUUGUAUGUGAUGCAGAACCUAUAACUGAACCUCAUUCUGGGGAAACUGGUCUUAAUGUAAAGUGUCGUCCAAGGUUGGCCUGUGCAGUCCGCACAGUCUGAUUGGGGGACAACACUUUCAGUCUAAACUGGAAUUUUGUUCAAGUCAGACAUCCUUUAAACAAACAAUUUCAUAUAAGCAGAAAGACUCGUUCCUGAAUAGCUUGUGCACCCUGUGAGCACUGUACUAAUCUUAGACAUCAUUUUACAUACAUGCACGAAGCCCUGUUUUUCUAGAGGUAGGCUCGACUCAUCGGUACCUUAUAUCUGGUACUGCACACAGGCUGUGAUAUGAAUUUCUCCUGCCAUGAUGUUCCCUGACCAGUUACUUAUGGUGUUGCUUGCACUGGUGACCAUGUUGUGUUAUUUGAUUGUUUUUGUUUUUAACUUGGUUUUGUUAUACUACAAUUAUUUACUGGAAAUAAAGUGACUUUCAACCUGA